AUGUCAAAUCUGAACAGUGCAAAGACAAAGACAGGAUGGAACAAAAUCAGGAUGACCUGCAAGCUUGCUCGCUCCAAAUUCAAGUACGCAUGGGUCGACACAUGCUGCAUUGAUAAGAGCAGCAGUGCCGAGUUGACAGAAGCCAUCAACUCCAUGUACUCCUGGUAUCAAUCCGCCGAAAUAUGUUACGUCUACCUAGCAGACCUAAGUCCAAUACCUGAAGGGCUGAGGGGCACAUAUCGCUACGAUUAUCUCCGGGAAAAAUUACCCAAGUGCCGCUGGUUUUCUCGGGGCUGGACUCUUCAAGAGCUCAUAGCCUCAAAGCAAAUCGAGUUUUACGACAAGAAAUGGAACUUGGUAGGCGAGAAAAGCGACCUCAUAACCAUCAUCCAGGAGAUCACACGCGUUGAUGUGAGCAUCUUGCAAGACAACUCAGACCUACAAACGCUCCCGAUAGCGCGUCGCAUGUCCUGGGCAGCCGGCCGGAAAACCACAAGAGUUGAGGACAUUGCCUACUGCCUCCUUGGUAUUUUUGACAUCAACAUGCCAUUGCUAUACGGCGAGGGAUCAAAAGCAUUUCAAAGACUUCAAGAACACAUUGCCAAUGAGACCAACGACUUGAGCCUUUUUGCAUGGCAAAAAAAGGUCGAUUACCAAGCGCCUGCGGCUCCAGGGCUCAGCGGCGUAUUCGCAGAGUCUCCCGCAGACUUCACACAUUGUUCUACCCUCAUGAGACACCGAGAUCGAUUCCAGUUCAGGAACGACUUUACCCUCACUAAUAACGGCCUUCAAGUCAAGGCCCAAAAGCUCAGGCUGCCGGCGAAUGACGUUGCUGAUGCGGCGAACGGUGCUGACGCGUUCUACGCGUUGAGUCUUGAUUGUCUCGAAACCAGUGUCAGAACGCAAGGGACUCCGAAGUGGCUUGCGAUCUGGCUUCUCAAGGUUGGAACGACGUUUGUCAGAGCGGUUCCAGACCAGGUAUAUGCAUACAACUCGAGAUUACAAUGGUCUAAUGCCACGCUGGAGACCUUUGACGCCUGCAUCCGCAAGACGCUAUACGAUCACGAAACGACGAGGCUGGCGUCCUUCAUGGGAGCCAAGAUCGGAUUCGAGUACGACUCGCAGCUCAAGAACUUGAUUAUUUCCAAGACUGCGAAUCCUGUGGAGGCAUGCGUGCGAUCCUCCGUCGCAGACUUUGUCUUUGACUGCCACGGGCUCGACAAUUUCGCUGGGACGCAUUGUUUCAAGAUCCAAUUCGGAUACCCGUUACAGAAAGUUACCCUGGGCAUCAUCUGUGGCCUUCAGUGGGAUGGCUCGCGUUGUCGACCGUGGGCAGCACUUUUUGACGAGCUUUCGGUCGAAGGGACCGAGUCGGAGUUACUGAUGAGAUACGCACAAGUGAUCCCCGGGGUUAAGGCCGAAGAGAGACUGUCGGAGAUUCGCGACUACAUGAUGUGUCGAUUUACGGAUCAGUCGGGCCUGUACAAGUCGAAUUUGAUGCCCAAAUCUGCAACCAUUAUUCAGUACGGGACUGUCAUCACACAUCGUAUUUGGAUUGAGGCGGAACCCAGAAAGAUCGACGAGGUUUCCUUCUCUCGAGGCUCAUCUUCUGCAUACGUCUUCAAGGUCCAUUAUCGAUCUGGCGUGAACCAGCCAGAUUAG